CCGACAGUCUUCUGCAUUUCAUGCACGCAACCUGGGCCGCCCAACUCAGUGUGCUCUUUUCUGCUGAGUGGUCAAUUGCCUUGCCAAUUGCCAACCACGGUGGCCACCAACCGUCUUUCUGUGCGUGGAUUACAAGCCAACAUCAAAAAUGAACUACGGGGAGUCCAACCCCGAGCUCGAGUCCUUCCGCGAACAGUGGAAGGCUGAAGUCCGGGCAAAGCGCGCCGUUCCUGGUCCAUCCAGGCAACAGCAGCAACAGCAGCAACAGCAGCAGCCGCAACAAGCCGCGCCAGCCGGACCGUCCGCCUCUCAUGCCGCCACCGCAUCUCGCCAACAGCCGCGGGGGAAGCCGCCGAAACCAACCAAGAAGGCGCCCACACAGGACCAAGACGAUGACUACGUUCAAUCGCAGUCCUUUGAUGAGCCGGCGGCCUCCGGCCCUGUCGCGGCCUCUCUCGAUAGACGUCAGCCCGAGGCCGCAGAGCCGGGGGAGCCAGUCUCCGCUCUUGAGCAUUACGAAAAGGCGGUGGAAAAGGAGGCCGCGGGAAAACUUGGCGACAGUCUGAGGCUGUACAGGAAGGCCUUUCGGAUGGAUGACAACGUGGAUCGGAAGUACAAAAACAAGCACUUUCCGAAGCCGCCGCCGAAGCCCGCUCAAGCAACUUCGGUCAACGAUGUCCGGAAAAGCGCCAGCUCUGCGCCGGGCCCCCAACAGCCGCAAUCCGUGAAGGAUCUUAUCGCCGGCUUCUCGGUGCUCUCCAUUGCCCCGGCGCCGCCCGAGGUCGAAGGCAUGCCGCCGCCUCCGUGCCCCUUGGCCGCGCUUCCAGAGGAGAUUCUGGUGCAGAUCCUCCGCGACGUGGCAAUUCUGGAUGUGGGGGACUUUGUGCGCCUUUCCCUGGUGUGCAAGCGCCUGGCCUAUUUGGUGGCCACCGAGGAUCGCAUCUGGAGGCGCAUCUGUUUGGGUUCGGAGUUCGGGUUUGGGGGCAUGCACUAUUAUUGGCAACGGCGGAUCACCUGGGAGCCUCUCACCGCAGAGGACCUAAUCCGCGAGGCCGCCGAGGCCGAGGCCGAGGCAUCCGCCGAUUCCGAAACGCAGCUGUCACCACCACCAGCCGCACCGCCGCUAACCCUCUCGGAGCGCGCCCGUCGACACGCCGAAGAGAGCAUGGCCAACACGCUGGCCUUCUACCACUCCCUCUACUCGUGCUCCUGGCAGCGCAUGUUCCGCCUGCGGCCGCGCAUCCGCUUCAACGGCUGCUACAUCAGCACCGUCAACUACAUCCGCGCCGGGCAGGCCAGCUCCUACCAGGUGACGUGGAACUCGCCCGUGCACAUCGUCACCUUCUAUCGCUACCUGCGCUUCUUCCGCGACGGCACCGUCAUCAGCCUGCUCACGACGGCCGAGCCCGCCGACGUGGUGCACCACAUGACCCGCGAGGCCGUCGCGCUGCACGCGGGCGGCGCGAACCCGCACCUGCCGAGCGCCGUGGCCCGCUCGGCGCUGAAGGGGCGGUGGCGGCUGGCCCGCGAGGCGGACAACCCCGGCGCGUCGCUCAGCGAGAUUGAGGGCGGCGUCAUGAUCGAGACGGAGGGGGUCAGCAACUACAUCUACCGCUUGGAUCUCGUGCUGGGGUCGGCGGGCAAGGGGGCGCGAAACAAUAAGCUCUCCUGGAAGGGGUUCUACAGCUACAACCGGCUGACUGAGGACUGGGCUGAGUUCACGAUGCAGAAUACCAAGCCCUUCUUUUUCAGUCGUGUGAAGAGUUAUGGGGUGAAGGGGGAGUAG